AAUGCCAAUGGAGCAUGAGCACCAAUUUUCCGGUAUGCGGCAUUCCUCUUCUCCUCCCCAGCUAGGGUUCUUCUAGAUGCGGCUAUGAUGAAUCCAACAGCGCUUUCGAUAGCAUGCGCGCCUCCAGGAUGCCGGCCGAUCGCCAGAUCUCUCCGCAGGCUCUCGAGCAGUUUCGAUCCGCUGACAAUCCUCUGCAAUCACAGAUUCCAGCGGCGGAUUAUCAGAGCGAGCAAUUCGGAGCCGCGGGCCGUGAAUCCGUCGCCGCCGCCGCAGCGCAAAUCCAAGAGCAGCCUCAAGGCGCUGCUGGAUUUUCCCCGGUCGAUGUGGAACCAAAUCUCGCAUCCUCUGAGUAACUUUGGAUUUGGAAAGAAGAGCCUGUGGGAGGCCGGGCUCGGCUUGUUUCUUCUGGGUGGAAUCGUGCUGCUCGGGCUCACGCUGGCUUGGGUCAAAGGCACACAGCUGAGAGCUCGCUCUCGCAAAUACUUUGCCACAUUCGAGUUUGCCAAGGCUUGGGGGAUCACUGUCGGGACUCCCGUGCGAAUUCGCGGUGUCGACGUCGGGACUGUGAUUCGUGUCAAGCCAACUUUGGAGAAGCUCGACGUGGAAGUCCAGAUUGUCGAUGCAAACCUGGUGAUCCCCCGCAACGCGCUCGUGGAAGUGAACCAGUCGGGCUUGGUGAGCGAGACGCUGAUUGAUAUCACGCCGCAGCAUCCCAUUCCCAGUCCGACAGUCGGUCCCCUUCAUCCAGACUGCAAAGGCGAAGGCCUCAUUGUUUGCGACCGGGAAAGCAUUCGAGGCGAGCAAGGUGUCAGUCUGGAUGAACUCGUCGGGAUAUGCACUAAACUCGCGAAGCAGAUAGACGCACAAGGAGUAAAGAGGCUUUACGACGUUGGCGAGCGCAUGAGUCUGGCGGUAGAAGAAGCCAAGCCUCUUCUCGCCAAGGUUCAAUCAAUGGCUGGCGACAUGGAACCUCUGAUCAAGGAAAUCAGAGAUGGCGGGCUUCUUAAAGAAUUCGAGAAGCUGACAAAAGUUGCAGCGGAGGCCGGGGAAGAUUUAAGAAAGCUCAACAGCUCAGUUUUGACGCCAGAGAACACGGAGCUGCUUCGCCAGUCGGUCUCCACAUUAACAAAAACUUUGAAGCACAUCGAGAGCAUUAGCGAGGACAUCAGUGGGUUGACAGGAGACGCUGGAACACGCUACAACCUCAAGCAGCUCAUUCAAUCGCUGAGCCGGCUCGUGGCAGACUAGAAAACCCAAGUAAGAAGAAUCUACGGUUUUUUUUUUUCAACAGCAAAGAUGAAAACAAUUCUUGGUUCUUUGCUUGCGAGAGGCUUUAACAAAAUUCCAGAGCUAAAAACCUC